UUCCUUUUCAGAUGCAAUACAAGAUGUGAUAAAAUCUGUAGGUCUCUUCCAAUUGCAUGAUACCGACACAGUUCGACAUUCAUCGUCAUGCGCAGUAGCAGAAUGCAGUCGCCGGAACGAUGGCCGUCCAUCAUUUUCUCUUUGGUCAGUGCAUCCUUUAUUUUUUAGCGUUUGUUUUCGGUUUCAUCGCCGUGGUGCCACUCUCUGAAAAUGGGGAUGACUUCCAGGGAAAAUGUCUGCUGUUUACGCAGGGAAUGUGGCAAAAUGAGAACAUGACGACGGGGAAACAGCGCUUUAUUGUAGAGGAAUGGGGACCAGAGUCAUCCUGCCGCUUCAUCACUUUCGUGGGCAUCGUGUCCCUCAUCCUCUCCGCUGUACAGGCUUGGCGGACCUUUUUCUUCCUCUGCAAAGGCCACGACGACUCUCAUUUUCAUGCCUUCCUGAAUCUUCUUCUGUCCCUCUUGGUGGUAUUUGUGGUGUUUGUAGCUGGUACCAUCUCCAGUGUUGGAUUCAGUGCAUGGUGUGAUGCUAUCACGGAAAAUGGGGCCAUGCCAAGCAGUUGUGAGGAUCUGCAAGACACUGAUUUAGAGCUUGGUGUGGACAACUCCUCCUUUUAUGACCAGUUUGCCAUAGCACAGUUUGGUUUGUGGUCGGCCUGGUUAUGCUGGCUGGGUCUUACAGUGCUGGCCUUCCUGAAGGUUUAUCAUAACCACAGGCAGCAGGAGCUGCUAGACAGUUUAGUUCAGGAAAAAGAGAUUCUGCUGGGUCAUCCUUUGCAGAGUUCUUAUAGGCAUAACAGGAAUCCCAUGAUGUAAACAAACAUUUCUCACGUAAAUAUACCUUCGCACUGCAUGACCUAGUUUAUGACCUAAAUUAAGGCUCCAAAAUAACAUUUUAAAUAUUUUUUAAAACUCAGAUUUAAUCUGAGUCUUACAGUAGUUAUACAGUAGGUAUCAGUCAUAUUCAGGGCUGAUACUAUAGAGUAAAAUUGUUUGCAGUAUUAUAUUUAGACAGCAUCCUGACAAAUUGCUCAUCAAGUUGCACGUUGUACUUUCAUUUGUACAUUUUGAAUAUAUAUAUAUAUAUAUAUAUAUAUAUAUAUAUAUAUAUAUAUAUAUAUUUGUAUUGCCAACACAUCAUUGCUAUAUUAGAAUCAGUUUCUUUGACUGCAGCAAAUUAGUGGCAUUGUUUGAACAUUGAAACAUAACCAGCAUUUUCAUCCAGUGUUUUUACUGUAUAGGAUCAUUUAAUUGUAGUUCUUUAUAUUUGUAUGUACAUAUUAUAUAUUAUUUAUAAAUAUUUUGAAAAGUUUAAUAUUUAAAGUAUUGUUAUUUAUUUUUUUUUUUUGUUUGUUUUAAAAUGGGUACUCUUUUGACAUGACACUGGAUAUUUAUUCUUGCUGUGUGUGUAUGGGGUCCUUAGCUUACAAUGCCAUUUAUUUUUCAUGUUUUCAUUUUCUUCAAACACUAGUCUUUUAAUUUAGUUAAUAAUCCCAUACUUCCAUAUUUAUAAUUAAAUAAACAUUUAAUGGAUUAAGUGCCUGACGACCAGAUUCGUUCAUUCUAUCGCCAUCUAGUGGCUGAAAGGAAC